AUGACCUCGCGGGAGGGACGCCCCAAACGGCCAACCAGCGACAACCGCCCGGGCGAGCUGCUCAAGGCAGCCAGCCAGAAACGCCGCUCCCCUGCGGAGAUCAAGGCCGACAAGCUAAAAAAGGAGGCCGCAAAGGAGGCCAAGGAAGCUCGUGCGCUCGCCAAAAAGAAGAAGCAAGUGGAGGGUGCAGCGGCGACGGAGAGGCGGGUUCGCGAGCAGGAUAGGGUGCUGCUUACAUCUUCGAAUCGACCUGACUUGGCGCAGAAGCACCAGGACCUGUUGGCCAUCCAAGCCGCCGCAAAACCGACCACUGCGAACGAAGAGGAAGACGAGAUGGAGCUCCAUCUUGAUACUGACCCGGAGGCCGAGCAAGCCUCCGACAGCCCAAGCCAGGACGACGAAAAUUGGCCAACUGUCAGCACCCAAGCACACCAAAACUCCGGCCCCGUUAUCACGAAUAGCGACAGCGAUGAUGGCGGCGAGUACAUUGACGAGGGCGGUGAAAAUAGCAACAGUAACGGGUCGUCGGACGAUGACGAGGCCGAGCUCGACCGCAGAAUUGCAUCCCUUCAAGCCCGCAAGAAGAAGAAGAAAGCUGCUGUCGAGAAGGAGCCCGCAAAGAAAAAGGGCGUUUCGAAGCCCAAGGAGAAGGCUGCUCUCCGUGGCGAAAUCAACGCAGCUAGCCAGCCCACAUCUGCCGCUAAACGCAAAGUGGCCCCAGCAAGCGGCAAUGAAUUCGAUGGCCCCAGUGCCAAGAAGACAAAAAGCUCCCUCGGCGGCGUCUCCCGUAACUGGCGUCAAGUUACUGCCCUCGUUAAGCCCCCUGCGGCAGCUGCAACAGCAUGGGACCGGACUAUCGAUCGCACUGUGCGAGCAACGUCAACUACAUCCGCAUCCUCUGGAGCCGCCCUCGAUGGCGAGACCUUGGACCGGUUUGACGACGAAGCGGAGACUCUUGAAGAUGGUGUGCAAGCAACCCAGCGAGCGACAGUUGGAGCGAAGACAUCGCAGAUGGGAAUCGUCCUUCACCAAAAGACACUCACUGUUGACGACGACAUUGACGAUGAUGCCCACGAGAGGGGACGCAAACCGAAAUACCGGCUGAGCGACCUCCCAUUUCACACCCAGGAACACCGGGCACUGUUCAAGCAACGUGUUGUGGCCGAUGUCAUCGAUUGGGCAGGGUGUUUAGCGCAACCAUUCGCUGCUGCUGCCCAUCCAGACUUCAAGAAGAUCGUCAAGGAAGCUUACGAAGCGGUCUUCUCUAGCGACCCCGAAUCACCGUUCGCUAUUACGAAGGCGGUAUAUGGUGUGGUUUCCGGCGCUCUCUAUACCUGGCGGAGCGAACUUGGAAAGGAGGCACUCGCUAUCGCAGGCGACAUUCUCCAUGAGGUCCCUAAUGAUGAGAAUGGCAAACCUAUCACCUUGGUGCCUAUCACCCCCGACAUCGUCGCUGAACGUGCAAAGAACUAUCUGAAGAAUGCCGAUUUUCUCUAUGCUGGUGGAGCAGCACAUACGGGCUCUUACCGGUCUCGGUUCAUUCUCGAGCCGCUCGGACGGCAGCAUAUCCGCCUAGCGAUACAGCCCCGAACGGACCCAAACUAUGGUUUUCCAGCUGGGGCUCUUGCGCUUUGCGCUGCUGCAGCACAACGAGCUCUCGAGCUGUGGGAAACUGGCAAGCUCAUCCAGACGAUGGAUGAUGGGCAUGGCAAGGACAAGAAGCUCCUCUUCUCUGGUGUCGAUUGGACAAACACGACCACCAAGUAUUACAACGGCAUCGUCCAGAAUCUCAAGUCGGUACAGAAGCAGCAUCUCAUUUUGGACAUGGCAGCCCCCUACACCUCUCUUAAACGACGAGCCGCCGCCGAUCUCCUCGAAGCAAGUAGCCGGAAGACGUACUCAAGUGCCCCUCAGGACCCGCGCCAGCAUAUCGAUGUCUCCGACGACGAGCCCGAGGGUGAUUAUACAGUUGGAGGGAACUAA